CCUACACACCGAUAUCUCUUCCAGAGCGCCACUGCGCGUCCGGACGACUUUGUAUUUCUUCUUGUUGAGCUUUGGUUGGUAAAGAUGUACUUCCCGACAUCCGCUGCUCGGCAGCUCUCGACUAUGCCGUCGUUGCCUAACCUCGCUCCGGAACCCGUGAUCGCAUUGUCUCCCAGCCUCAACAAGGCUCUCUUUUGUACGCUUACGAAGAACGGGAUUGCUGUUUGGCGAGCUAGGCCCUCCGUGGUCCUUGCUUUUUUGUCGAGAACGACCACUUCAUUGCUUGAGCAUGGAGAAAAUGUUUCCGCUAAAUGGGCCCCGGAUGGAUCGAGAAUACUGAUACAAACCAGCAAAUCGUAUUUAGUUCUCGUUCAUUUACACUACGAUGGCCGACCAGCAAUGGAACCGUAUCAGACUCCUCCCCUGCCUUCGAACGCUCAACGACACUUUCAGCCCGGUCCUGGAGAGGCUCUCCCGAUGUUUUCGGUCUCUCUUAGCUUCGAAGGUGUUAUUCGUGUGGACGGCGAUCUCUUGAGUGUCUCUCCUCGGAGGAAUUGCAUUAUGUUCUCUACCAAGGACCCUCCCUCCGUACAACGCAUACCUUGGCCAACGAUAGAUGACGAUUUCAACGACGGCAAUAAUGAUGCAGAAGCAAGGCGGACACUGACGGGGCACGACACGUGGAUUCUAAAUGACUAUGAGUUGCCUUGGUUAAUGAAUGCUAAUGUGACCGUUGUUCAGAUGUCAUACUCGCGAGCCGCGAAGGUAGAGACGUGGAUCACAUCUGACGGACGUGCAUAUUUUGUUCAGCUGGUCGAGAAAGAACUCAGCCGAGAAAGCAAUAGCCCCCAGGAGCCUGUGACGGAGGAACAGCAGAACCGGGAUAGCCAGAGCUCAGAAGGCUCAAUAUUACAAUGGCAAGGUGUUUGCAUUCACGACGUGGAACCUCCACGAUGGGUCCAGAAACAAAAAGCUCCUGCGGAUGAUAGUACUGACGGCGAAUUUGACUAUAUUGAUUCUCGACGGGCAGUUUGUGUGGCAACGAACUCGAAAUUCUCAGUAGUGGCCACCGGAACACAGAGCGGUACUGUGGAACUCGCCAGUUUUCCUUCAUUUGAGGGAGAAAUGCCUAAGGCACAAAUCCUGUCAUUACCAACUUUACUUGGGCGUACAAAGUCAGGAUCUGUCUGUGCUAUGGAAUGGAGCUCGGAUGGUUAUGCUCUUGCUGUUGGCUGGAAGAAUGGUUGGGCGGUGUGGAGUAUAGGCGGCAGAUGUCUGGCAUGGGGGUUUGGUGUCGAGGAGGACGUAGACAAUGAAAGAUUCCGAGAUAUUUUCAUGUUCGGAGUACUGGAUCUUUUCUGGGGACAAGGGAACUUUGAGUUAUUCGUAGUGUCCCAGCCCAGCCUAAAUAAUCCAGAUGGACAGCUUUUUGUUAUUCCUUUCGCAAAAAGUGCCGUGACCGAACAGCAAACACCCGAUAACACACGUUACGCAUUCCUACAAUUGGACGAUCGAGUGCUCGUUUAUCGUGGCGCUGAUCAGCCUGACAUGAGUGUUAUCAAUCCAGAGUCGGACGUUUGGCAGCACAUCAAGAUCCCUCUGGAAUAUCUUGCGUCGAAUUGGCCUAUACGUUAUUCAGCGAUAAGCAUGGAUGGUCGUCUCAUUGCCGUCGCAGGUCGACGGGGGCUGAUCCACUUCAGCACUACGUCUGGCCGAUGGAAACUAUUCGGUGACAGUGUGCAGGAGCAAGCGUUUGCAGUCAGGGGUGGGGUCCUCUGGUUCCACCAUGUUUUAAUCGCGGCGGUUGAAUUAUCAAAAGCAUAUCAGCUUAGACUAUAUUCCCGAGACCUAGACCUUAGUAACCAAAACGUCCUUCAUAGGGAAAUUCUGACAUCACCUGUUGUUACAAUGUCGCUCGUCGAUAACUCCCUGCUCGUUUACACUGCUGAUAAUGCGCUGAGCCAUUAUCUUAUUGUUCCGACGGCGGAGACUAUACAACUUCACUUUUGUGGCAGUAUUACGUUUGACGGAGUCAUUGCUGCACCAAAUGCUGUCAGAGGCCUAAGUUGGAUGAUUCCAAAUGCGCAAAAGCAGCUCGGAGAUCCGAUGGAGGACCUUGCUGUUGCGACUGUACUCAUGAUGGUUGGUGGGAAACUGGUGCUUCUGCGUCCUCAAAAGGCUGGGCAACAGGAGGUAAAGUACGAUAUGCAAAUCCUUGCGGAUCGCAUAGAAUUUUGUUGGAUACACCUUAGUGGUAUUGGAACACUCGAAAACUCGUUAUGGGGAUACGAUGGUCGAGGCAUUCGAAUAUGGCUUAACGCCCUGAACCUGGAGACACCAUCCGGAUCCGCUACCCCGCCUGACUCUAUUGAAGAAAGUGUCAAUAUACCUCUAGAGUUCUAUCCAUUGUCCUGUCUAAUGGACAAGGGCAUACUGAUUGGCGCAGAGCAUGAAAUUGCUGCGCGCCCUACACUUCCGUUCGUUUUGUUCAGGCAUACAACUAGCUCACAUCUCUUCCUCCAUCAUAUCUUGCAUGCGCAUCUUCAGUCUGGCGAAGUAGGACAAGCCGUUUCUUUUGCAAAGCAUUACGAAAACCUGGUGUACUUUGCCCACUCUCUUGAAAUUCUCCUCCAUACUGUCGUUGAAUCUGAAGCUGACCUCGACAACCCAUCGGACACUACUGUUGCAUCUGCAGUCCUACCAAAGGCAGUUGAAUUCUUGGAUCAUUUCGACGCCGCUCUGGAUGUCGUCGUCGGUUGUGCCCGUAAAACUGAGAUGGCCAGGUGGAAGUACCUUUUUGGAAUUGUUGGUAGUCCUAAAGUGCUGUUCGACAAAUGCCUCUCCCUAAACAAACUCAAGACCGCUGCAUCAUAUUUACUCGUACUGCACAACCUAGAACAACUGGAAGACUACAAAGGCGCGAUCGUUCUCUUGCAUAGAGCACAGGACGACGGGGAUUGGCAGUUGUGUCGAGAAUUGCUUCGGUUCCUUCACUCCAUCGAUGACAGUGGGUCCGCUUUGCGGGAAGCCCUCGACCAGACGGGUAUCUUAUCUGUAUCUAGUUCUGAAAGCCAGGAGACGGACCAUGACGCAAGUUCAAGCUCUUAGAACUCUUUCUGAUUCCAUUCCCACAGCAAACCCAAAGCAAGCCUGUAAUAUACGCCG